AGACGUUUGAAAAUCAACGCUGGGUGAAGGCCAGGCGGGAACGGCCCGCGCUUGGAGGACGAGAGGAAGCGGGACAGGCCGCUUCCCGAGCCGUGUGCUGGCCUGGGCCGAGCGCUGAGACACCGCUCAAUGACGAGGGGCUGGGGCUGGGGCUGGCCCCGGAAUACUCGGGGGUUCCACCUGAGCACGUAGUGGAAAUGACAGUUUGCUAACACUGUGCUGAUUUUUCACCGUAAUCCUCCUGAAUGCUGGGGAGCCCCUAUUAAACCAGUCGGGGAAGUGGGGAGCCAAAGCCUUUGGUUUUAGAGUUGAACGCUGCCCAGGGGAGCGCACGAAAGACUUUUCUCGCAGCACGAACAGCGGGCAGGGACUCGGCCGCUUGGGAUGGCAGUGCGUUCUGCGCCGCUGUGCACCCGUGUCUUGUUGGCACGGCACCCCGAGUCAGCGAGCUGUCUGCUUUCCUCCUAGCGCGGCUGCAGCCAUGGCCAUGCAGGUGCAGUUCGAGGCCAGCGCCGACACAUCCGCCGAGGAGGAGAGCUUCGGCCCGGAGCCCAUAUCUAGGCUAGAGCAAUGCGGUAUAAAUGCAAACGACGUAAAGAAAUUAGAAGAAGCUGGGUAUCACACCGUCGAGUCUGUCGCUCACGCGCCCAAGAAGGAGCUGUUAAAUAUUAAAGGCAUCAGCGAAGCCAAAGCUGAUAAGAUCUUGGCCGAAGCAGCUAAACUGGUUCCCAUGGGUUUUACCACGGCGACGGAAUUCCAUCAGCGGAGGUCUGAAAUCAUCCAGAUCACCACCGGCUCCCAAGAACUCGAUAAACUUCUUCAAGGAGGAAUAGAAACGGGGUCCAUAACGGAAUUAUUUGGGGAGUUUCGUACCGGAAAAACGCAGUUGUGCCAUACUCUGGCAGUGACCUGUCAACUUCCCAUUGACCGAGGAGGCGGAGAAGGAAAGGCCAUGUACAUUGACACCGAAGGCACCUUCCGUCCGGAACGUCUCCUGGCCGUGGCUGAAAGGUAUGGCUUGUCUGGCAGCGAUGUCCUGGAUAACGUGGCGUACGCUCGAGGUUUCAACACGGAUCACCAGACCCAGCUCCUGUAUCAGGCCUCUGCUAUGAUGGCCGAAUCGCGGUACGCGCUGCUGAUCGUGGACAGCGCCACGGCCCUGUAUCGGACAGAUUACUCCGGAAGAGGCGAGCUGUCUGCGAGGCAAAUGCACCUGGCCAGAUUUCUGCGCAUGCUUCUCCGACUGGCGGACGAGUUUGGCGUGGCCGUCGUGAUCACGAACCAAGUGGUAGCACAGGUCGACGGAGCGGCCAUGUUUGCAGCCGAUCCCAAGAAACCGAUCGGAGGAAACAUCAUCGCCCAUGCUUCCACCACCAGGCUCUACCUGCGAAAAGGCCGAGGUGAAACCAGAAUAUGUAAAAUCUACGACUCUCCUUGCCUCCCUGAGGCCGAAGCGAUGUUUGCCAUUAACGCUGACGGAGUGGGAGAUGCCAAAGAGUGAAGACCUCGUUUCGUCCUCCACGUACACCGAGACCAGGCGGCCAUCAAGAUCCUGGGACGGAAGCUUUCCCAGCGCAGCCACCGUUCCCGUGCCGCCCGAGGAUUCCGCUGUACUUCAGCACACCUGUCCAUGGGGUGAAUCCCACUGGAGACACGUCUGCGGGCGUUGCUUGGAAGAGACUGUCCCUCCUGGGCUUUACUCGUGUGUUAGGUUCCUGUGGUUUCUCGAUGGUAUUUUCAGAGGACCACGUCCUUUUAGUUUUCCUCCCGACUCUUGCUCCCAUUGAAUUUUGCAGGUGGACGCGGCUCAGUGACCUGACAAUUUGUGGCAGCAGUCGGUAACGUAAUGACUUGGAAGCAAGUCGAGUCAGAAAAGCAGUGGCUCGGGAACAUGACACCGUAAAGCAGAACAGCUCUCUGCAAAGAAAAUGCGUGGAGAUGGUCGUGAUUGAGGUUAUCACCAGCCCAGACUCUCCCUGUUAAUUUUGUUGCAAAUUCUGCAACGCGCUGAUUUCUGGGGACUGCCGCUUCACCUUUCAAUGAUGUGGGUGGUUUUUUUCUUUUUGUAUUCCCUUAUUUCUCUCUGGAAAUCUGCUUUUCAAUAAAAAGACCGUGAAAAUAUG